UACAGCGCAUACAGCGAUGCUUCAUCAAACCCUUUACCUCUACUUUACCUCUCUCAGACUCGCACUACGCUCCAUGUUUCUGAAUUUGGCAUCUUGAAUGGUUCCUUCCACUAAUCUCAGUUCAGAUUCACGCCCAUGAAUGAUGAAUCCCUGGACUCUUAGUUCAUGUACUCGUUUCAAUCCUUUUCCUACCUUGUCCUCUCCUCUCUCUCGUUCUCUGCCAAUUCUCAGUUCUUCAUUUGGUGCCAAACACAAUCUGAAUAAGUUUAAGCUUGGGAAAAACACAACCUGCAGGGUUCACUUCGGUGAUGACGGUCCGUUUGCUGUGGCAAUCGGGGCUUGUAUGCUCACUUCUUUGGUUUUCCCUGUCUCUGAUGGUGGACAAGAGGGGGAUGGUGAUUCCGCCAUUGACGGAACUGAUACUAGGUUCGCUGUGAUGGGGAUUGUUGGCUUCAUUCCUUAUUUUAAUUGGCUGAGUUGGGUUUUUGCAUGGCUUGACACUGGCAGAAGACGUUAUGCUGUGUAUGCACUUGUGUAUUUGGCCCCCUAUCUAAGGUCAAACCUAUCACUUUCGCCAGAAGAAAGCUGGCUGCCUAUUGCUAGUAUUAUUUUCUGCAUCAUUCACAUUCAGCUAGAAGCAAGCAUCAGAAAUGGAGAUAUCCAGGGUUUUCAAAUAUUCAGGGAAGUUUCAAAUCAGAUGUCAUCAGGUAAUAGGAAGAAAGAUGAUAUGAAUCAGAAGGAAGAUGUGUCUAAGGGAGGCAAGAAAGAGAAGAGGAACCUGCCACCUGUCCAAGAUCAAUUGAGGGACAUUAGGGACUGGGAAGAUCCUCGAAGGUCCUCACCAUUUCAGCAACACUUGAAUGACAACAUACUGGAGGAUGAUGGUGGUGAUGAUGAGAAAAGCAAUCACUAGGAUGCUAGAAUGACUUGAAAUUGUGUGUUGUAUUGCCCAUGGGUUCUUUAUAGAAUAUGAAUCCAAGUGCUGACGUACAAAUAAACAACUCCCCAUAUGGCAAUGUUUCUUGGCCAAUGCAACAGUUGUUAAAUUGUUGAACUAGUUGGUUAAUGUAAUGUUCGAACGUGUUGGAUUAAA